GGAGCCCAACAGUCACAACAAGAAGAGGAAGAGGAAAAACGACAGCUCUGGAUCGUCGUCGACUGCCUUGCGUGACAACACAGGGAUCGCGUUCAGGCUUCGGGUUGCUCCUAUUUGACCUGCAACAUGUCUGAUUUAUUGAGAUAUAUCGACUAUGACCACAAAGCCACCUUUCUGAAAAUGCUCAACCAACAGAGGAUGGAAGGUGAGCACUGUGAUGUGGUGGUGGUGGUGGAAAACAUAGAGUUCAGGGCUCACCGCUGUGUCUUGGCAGCUUGCAGCAACUACUUUAAAAAGCUCUUCAAGAAACAGAGCGACGAAGACAACUCCAUCGUGGAGUUGGACUUCAUCCGCUCUGACAUCUUCGAAGAGGUGCUCAAUUACAUGUACACAGCAAGGCUCGCCGUGAGGAAGAAGGACAUCAAUAUGAUGAUGUCAUCCGGCCAAAUCUUGGGGAUCAACUUCCUGGAUAACCUGUGCACCCAGAAACGUGAGCUGACCAACAUGAAGACCCGGGAGAACCAGGCUCCAGGCGACCACGGGAUGAGAGCUCAGGACGCCAUCCUGAAGGAGCUGGCCAUGGAGGAGGUGAGGAAGAACAGCUUCUACGAUCAGGGCAUGGAUGGCAUGGGGCCGGGCGGCUCGCACGUGUCUCAGCCACACAACUACAACACCAACAUGGGUAAAGAUCCUCACAGCCACGGCUGGGGUUCCUCCUCCUCCAGCGACAUGAAGCUGGAGUACUUGCUGUACGGCCACCGCGACCACGGCUCCUGCCAGAGCACAGGAGCAAAGCCCAUGGACCACAACGCCAAAAAGGAGCGGCUGCUCACCGCCAACCGCCCGUACGGCUGCGAGCACUGCCCCAAAGCCUUCACCACCGCCGCCCACCUCAAGGAGCACCUGAAGAUCCACUCCGGCUUCAAACCCCACCGCUGUGUGGUCUGCGGCAAGGCCUUCAUCAGGGGCCCCGACCUGAAGAGGCACGAGAGGGUUCACAGCAACGAGAGGCCCUUCGCGUGCCAAAUGUGCGAAAAGGCCUUCAAGCACAAGUCCCACCUGAAAGACCACGAACGGCAGCACCGAGGCGAGCGGCCAUUCAACUGCGGCUCCUGCGACAAAGCCUUCAUCAAAGCGUCGGAUCUGAAGCGCCACUGGAACACCAUGCACAGCGGCAACCCCCGCAGACAGAUGUCCCUGUCUCCAGCCGCCUCCCAGCACGGCCAGGGAGACGCCGCCGACCAGAGAGACUGGAAAAUGGAGACCGGGCCACAUUCGCACAACUCGGGGGACUGUUGAGCCUGAAAACCCACAGAGCACACACACACAUACUGACACACAGACAUGCACACUCAAAACAUGUAAACACACUGACACAACCACAACCCUGUGACAGGCUGAUGGCCUGACAUCACAUGGACAAUGAUCGGAGUGAGUAACAAGAGAUCAUAGCAUGUUCAUAAGACUGUGGGGCUGUAUUAUUAUUCUAAAAAGUUAUGUCAAAACAAUGUUUUCUUUCCACCUGUAAAAUCAUGUAAAUGUUUAGUUCACUCUACUAUACAUAUAUUUUUCACAAAGCAUCGUUGCUAUCUAGACUGGGGGUUCUCAUAACAUUAUCCUCUUUUACUUUUAUGGGAUAUGUAACAUUUAAAUGUUUGUUUAACCUUUACUGGAUUUUAUGGAGAUUAAAGAGAGAAGCAGAGUUGGGGGGGGAAAAGAUUUUUCUGCAUAACAUUUGUUGCAUUGAGUAUAUUCAUGUGGAUGUUUUUAAUGGAUGUGUUUAGUUGUAUUGAUUGAUAUUACACUGUAAGAGUAAGAGUCACCAUUUUGCAUUUGACACAGAUGAUACCAAAGUCUUGGGCCUUUGACGGAUUGUCUUUUCGAGGCUGUCCUGCCCAAGCAACCGGCCAACUAGAUUUACUGUUAUACAGUAUAACUGUCAUCCAGCUAUCAACUGUUAAUGAUAGAUGUCUGUAUAUACUGUAGCUUAGUUUGUUGCACAAUUAGAGUACACAAUAAUUAAUUAUGCACAUAUAACAUUGUCCUACUCCUACACUUUGACAAUAAACACCAUUUGCUGUG